AUGUCGGGAAUGAUGAGCAAGCGACAGCUUGCGCGGAAUGAAAUUGCCCUUCAAGAACUUGUAAAAUCGCCAGGAAAUAAUGUUUGCGCCGACUGCCAGGCGAGGAAUCCAGGAUGGGCAAGUUGGAGUUUGGGAAUAUUCUUGUGUAUGCGUUGCGCGGCCUUACACCGAAAGCUUGGAACACAUAUCACAAAGGUUAAAUCCUUGAGUAUGGAUUCAUGGUCGAAAGAUCAAGUAGAACAUAUGAAGAAGGUUGGGAAUGUCGCGUCGAAUCGAAUUUACAAUCCCAAAAAUACUCGACCUCCUAUUCCUAUCGAUGCCGAUGAAGCCGAUUCGGCCAUGGAACGAUUUAUAAGGCAAAAAUAUAGCAAUGGACCCCAACUCCAAAAGCGUAAUAAUACAGGUAGUACGAGCUCAGAUGAUCAUCCUCCACCACUUCCUCCCAAAACUGGGACCAAAUUCGGGUUCAGAUCGGCUUCUUCGAUAUUCCCCCUAUCCUCCAAAGCGAAAAAAGACAAUGCGGAUGCGCGCGCAGAGUUUGAAGAUUAUAACCAAGCACCAUCACCACCGAGAAAGAAUAAGCAUUCAAGAAUAUUUGGAACUUCGCUGGACGCAACAGAUGAUCUUGAGUCGAAGAUGGCGAAACUACGAGAAUUGGGUUUUAGGGACGAGAAGAGAAAUACAACAGUGCUCAAGGGCUUGAGCGGAAACCUAGAGAAAUCUAUUGAAACUCUAGUCCGACUGGGUGAGGGCGGAUCUAGCGCAAAAACAGCAUCCUCUAUAAACUCUUCUGGGCCACGGACACCUGCUAGCCCACCGGGUUUAUCGCUUGGACGACUUCAAGCAGCCAGUCCCACAGCGACGUCAACCUCGAACAAUCCAUUCGACAGACUUGAUCAUCCAACAUUUCCUCAAGUGCAAUCUACACAUUCUACUGGUUCAAUGGCACAAGCUCACAAUCAGAUGAUGGGAGUAAACCCAUAUCAGAAUACCGCGAGCACAAAUCCCUUUGGAUUAAUGCCAUCACAGUCACAACUGAACCUUAAUCAGGCAUUUCAAAACAUGUCGGUAACUUCGCAACAACCUCUUUUCCCUCACCAUACAGGUGGACCCCCUUCUCCUCAGCCACCUCCAGUGCAACAACUAUACCAACAAUCUAUGACCCCCCCUGUCUCUUCCAUAUCACAACACCACUAUCCUCCAGUGAUAUACGAAAAUCCGGGCCAACAACCUCAAUCACAACAAUUCGACCGGAAUAAAAUGAAUACCAAUCCGUUCAUGCAGCAAGCGCCCCCACAAGCGCCUCCACUCAUCAAUACGAACCUCCCAUCAAACCCCUUUAUGCAACAAUCGGUUUUGAACCAAACGCUGUUCGCAAGUCCAAUCACCCAAACACUCCAACAACAAUACCCACCUGGGGGCUAUACUAUGGGAGGACAAAAUUCUUCCCCACAACAGAUGAAUCCGUUUUUCAACCAGACGAAUAUGCAGCAGCAGCAGCAGCAACAACAACAACAACAAGGGUUGCAACCGCAGUAUGGUUAUCAACAGCAACAGCAACAGCAACAGCAACCCCAAUACCAGCAGCCUCAGGCGCAACCUCAACAACUUCAGUAUGAUCAAUAUCGGCAGCAGACCUACCCUAUGAUGCCACAGCAGACUGGACGAUUAGUGGAUAAGCGCAGUAUCUUGGAUCUUUACAAUCGUCCCCAAUUGGCGCCCACUCAAAUGCAGCAACAACAACAACAACAACAACCAGACCCAAUCCAGUACCAAGCUCCUCCCCAAGCUGAGGAAAUACCACAACCCCAUGGACAGGUGUCAGGCGGCAAUAAUAAUCCCUUCAUGUCUAAUGUAGCGGCAGCACCGAUCAGGGGAACAAAUACAGCAAUUGGAUCUGGUAGACAAAUCAGUCGCGAGAGUAUGAUGAUAGAUGCUGGGGGUUGGCAAAAUGGAAGGCAUAGUCCGGAUGCAUGGGGGCAAAUUAGUGGGAGGCGGUGA